AGUUUGGAUGCUACAAACGAGGUAGCCAUAACUAGCUACAAAGUUUUAUGUGGAUACCAGCUGCUAGCAAGCUAGCAGCAUAUAAUUAGAAACUUUUCUUUGUUAUAAUGAAUGGAACAGCUUACUCCAACUUUGACAACCAGGAACAUGUUUUGAAAUUAGGUGAAACGUUUGAGAAACAACCCAAAAGCGCAUACCACACAGUGCGAUAUGACUUCAAACCAGCGUCCAUUGACACCGCAUGUGAGGGUGAGCUUGAAGUGGGCAAAGGGGAACAAGUAACAAUAACGCUACCCAAUUUAGAGGGAUCCACUGCCCCAGUGACAGUCUUCAAAGGAUCCAAGAGGCCAUACAUGAAAGAAUGUAUUCUCAUUGUGAACCACGACACGGGGGAAUAUCGUCUGGAGAAACUAAACAGCAACAUUGCAGUAAAGAAGACCAGAGCUGAGGGCAGCAGUAAGGUCCAGUCCCGUCUGGAGCAGCAGACCAGUCGUCUGAGCCAGGCACAACAGAUCAAGAGUGGCAGCAGCAGCAGCAGCAAGGCCGCUGCCGGCUCCAAGAGUUCCCCUCCCAAAGAGAAGAUGUCUCCGGCCGCCUCGCCCAUGGAUGACAUCGAAAGAGAGCUGAUGGCGGAGGCGCGGGUCAUGGACCAGAUGAGCAGCGGCGACAGCUCCUCUGACUCCCACAGCUCCUCCUCCAGCAGCGAGGACAGCUCCAGCAGCAGCGACUCUGAAGGGGAGGGGGGGGCCCGCGCGCGGACCUCACCCCCGAACACGAUCCCCCCGCCCGGGCCACCUCCCCUCCAGGGCAUGCCCAUCCUCACCACCACCACCACCUCCUCCCACACCCGGCCAGAGGAAGGAGGAGGCCACCUGAUGAACACGCUGAAGAAUGACCUCCAGCUGAGCGAGUCCGGCAGUGACAGCGAUGACGACUGAGCGAACUCACAAGUCCGAUGACAUCCGUGGCCGACUGGACCGAUCUGCCAACGCCCAACAACCACUGUGGCCAUAGAAUGCUCCUCCAAGAAACAGAAGUAGAGUAGAAUCCAACUGCAUGGUUGGAUCUACUCUAAUCCUGCCAAAUAAGACAUCACUCACACCCCUGGAAACAAAUAUCUCCACUUCAGACAUGUCCAUUAGAUGGCCCAUCAGGUUAGAAUUGUGUCUUUUGUUGACGUUUGUGCCUUUUUCCACCACAGGUACAAGGCUGUGAAUAAUUAGAAUAUCUAUAAACUGGGUGUUUUUCACAGUUUGUAAAGGUGGUGUGUCCAGUGUCGUUGUUAAGAGACCUAUACUACUGAAUUGAACAGUGGAGGUAGUGCUAAUUGUCUGUCAUGCAUAGAGGAGGAUGCAUAUCAAAUCUGUGUGGAUUCCUAUGCAUUUGAUGAACGUUUUUUUAGGCUUCAUAGCAUCAGUGUUAAGCUCCUUUAAUUUUUUGCCUUAUGUCAACUGUUUAGCAUCCAGGUUAAUGCAUUCUCCUGCUUUCCUUUCUGCAUUAGGAUUUAUCAGUGUAUCUUAUGUGCACACUAGCAACAUAGCAAGGUGAAUCUUUGAAGAGAACUAGUGCAGUAGAGUUACUUGUGGAGUGACUUUUGUGAUGUGAUUACUUGGCUUUGUAGCUUUAAACCUGCAAUACUUGAAUCUGAUUUGUAAUUAAUUUACAAUAUUCUCUGCAGACCAACAGAUAUUUGCUUAAUAUAUUCUUAAUAUAAUUUUAUGAGUGCUUUCAUUAAGUAUCUCCGUUUCUAUCUUGAGAAAUAGGUGGAGAAAGUGUGGUAAAAAUGUCUUACAUUACAGUGGAUGGAAUAUUGAGGUACGCUAAAGUCGCUCUAUGAUAAACCACUGGGAAAAAGGUGGAUGGAAAUAAUUAAAUUUACAAAAUACAUAAAAACCUUUUUUCUUUAAGCAUACAUUUAUUGAUAAUACAUUUUGUAAUUGUGUAUGUGGGUGGCAAUAAACAUGGCUUGGAAGUAA